AUGCGCUCCUCGUGCCGCUCGAAACACCACUCCACGCCGACCAAAUCCCUCCCGCUCCUCCACAACCUCCUUCCCUCCGCCCCGACAUCCCCGCCCACCCCGGCACCAAGCCCAACGCCCCAGCAACGGGCCCCAAGCUGGGAGACCGCAUUAGAAGAUGAAGACAUAUCCUUCCGCGAGGCGAUAUCGCAUUUUAGCUUAUUGGGGCGGUCGGAGCGGCAGCGGUUCUUAACAGAGCUUCUGAACCUAUGUGAUAAGCAGCUGCUUGGGUUUGUGCACCAGCUUGUUGGCCCAAAGUUGAGGAAGGACCCUUUCGAGAUGCUCCCAAACGAGCUGUGUUUGAGGAUCCUAUGCGAUAAACAUUCCUAUAGACGAAUAUCGGAAGACUACGAAGCACCAUUUGAACAAUACUCGCCCUCCUCCUCAACCUUUGGAUUUAAUUCUAAUUUUAAUAGAGACUUACAAGAGUUACAAAGUGCCUAUGGAUCGGUGCACGACCCGUUAAGCGGCAAUACUUCAGUCGUGGCGUCGUCGAUUGAUACCUAUGACAGGCCGCGAAUCCGAAGACUACGCACCAAAACCACCUCGUACCGUUCCCACUUCAAGCAGCGAUAUAUGGUGGAGGCAGCCUGGAAGAAAGGCGGCCACCUUAAAACGAAGUACAUCACUCCAGAUCAGGGAGUAGUCACUAGUCUUCAUAUGACACCGAAAUAUAUUGUCGUUGCGCUGGACAAUGCAAAAAUUCAUAUUUUCGACACCGAGGGCGAGCAUCAAAAAACUUUGAACGGUCAUGUUAUGGGAGUUUGGGCCAUGGUGCCAUGGGAUGAUCUGCUGGUCAGUGGUGGCUGCGAUCGAGAUGUUCGUGUAUGGGAUAUGUCUACCGGUGCAAGCAUACAUAAGCUUCGCGGUCACACAUCGACCGUACGGUGCCUAAAAAUGUCGGAUCGAGAUACAGCCAUAUCCGGUUCCCGAGACACCACAUUGCGAAUAUGGGAUUUAGCGGCGGGAGUAUGUAAAAAUGUCUUGAUUGGCCAUCAGGCCAGUGUUAGAUGUCUAGAGAUCCACGGAGAUCUAGUGGUGUCAGGUAGUUACGACACUACUGCAAAAGUCUGGAGCAUAUCGGAAGCUCGCUGCCUAAGAACGCUAAGCGGACAUUUCAGCCAAAUUUAUGCUGUUGCUUUUGAUGGGCAACGGGUCGCCACCGGCAGCUUGGAUACUAGUGUGAGAAUUUGGGAUCCUCACUCUGGACAGUGCCAUGCAGUUUUACAAGGCCAUACGUCCCUGGUCGGUCAACUACAAAUGCGAGGGGAUACGCUGGUGACCGGUGGCUCUGACGGAUCUAUCCGCAUCUGGUCUCUGCAGCGCAUGACGGCCAUUCAUCGCCUAGCUGCACAUGAUAACAGCAUUACCAGCUUGCAAUUUGAUGCUAACCGGGUCGUAAGUGGUGGAAGCGAUGGCCGCGUGAAGAUCUGGGAUCUUGCGAGUGGUCAAUUGGUACGUGAGCUUAGCCAACCCGCCGAAGCCGUUUGGCGGGUAGCUUUUGAGGAGGAAAAAGCAGUCAUUCUCGCAACUCGUGAUGGGCGAACGCUUAUGGAGGUCUGGUCAUUUUCUCCGCCAGAGGAUGAUUAUGCCGAAACGUAUCACACGGGCUCUGUGAGCCCGACUUCAACACUAGGACAGAGUAGUUUCUCGGCUGCCCAUUCCACAAUCACCACCGUUGACGCGACCAGCAGCAAUGUAGGAACUGUCUCUUCCCCGAUAUCCUACGAACUUCACGACCUGGAAAUGCAAGACAUAAGCAACGAAAGUAAUCGAUAA